UCUCCAGCCCGGUGCUGUGCUGUUUCGUCUAAAUCUCAUGUCAAGGCACCUCACUCUCCAAUGGAAGAGCGUCUGUUUUCCUUUGUUACACGGGAGUUUCUUAGAAGCAUGUGUGUCUCUGAUUGAAGAGGCUAAAAUGACAAAUACCAACCCCAAUUUUUCCACCUUCAUAAAAUGUACAGCACCUGGGAUAAAGCCACGGAGCUCUCUGAACAGUGUCUGCUUAGACAUUUGAGAAGAAACGGCUCACUUCAAAUUCCCUCUGGGAGGCACUUAAAGCCAAACAAAUCACUUGGUUUCUUAUCCAGCAGCCAUGGAUGCUGUGGAACUUGCCAGAAAGCUUCAAGAAGAGGCCACCUGCUCCAUCUGCCUGGAUUACUUCAUAGAUCCGGUGAUGACUGCCUGUGGCCAUAACUUCUGCCGAGAGUGCAUCCAACUGAGCUGGGAGAAGGGGAGAGGGAAGAAAGGGAGACGGAAGCGGAGAGGUUCUUUCUCCUGUCCUGAAUGCAGGGAGAUGUCCCCACAGAGGAACCUUCGGCCGAACCGCCUGUUGACCAAAGUGGCUGAGAUGGCCCGUCUGCACCCCAGCCUCCAGAAGAGGGACCUGUGUAAGAUACACCAGGAACUGCUGAAACUGUUCUGCCAGGACGACCAGAGCCCCAUCUGUGUCGUCUGCAGAGAAUCCCGGGAGCACCGGCUCCAUACGGUGUUCCCCAUUGAUGAGGCCACCCAAGAUUACAAGGUGAAGCUGGAGCAAAACAUAGACUACCUGAGAGAGGAAAUGAUGAAGACCGAGGAGGCACUGACCAAAGAAGACAAGACGAUGAAAGAGUGGCAGGAUGAGGUGAAGAAUCGGAGAGACCGCAUCGUGAUGGAGUUUGAGAAGAUGUGCGUCUUCCUGGCUGAGGAGGAGCAGCGCCUCCUCCAGGCCCUGAAGAAGGAGGAGGAUGAGACAGUGGAGAAGCUGCUGGAGAACAAGGCCAUUCUGGACCAGCAGAGUAGGUCCUUGGAGAUGCUACUUCUGGAGCUGGAGGACAAGAGGGAGCAUUCAGCUCUGCAGAUGCUGCAGGAUAUGAAUCGUCCACUUGACAAGAUAAAGAACCUGGUGACACGAUACCCAGAGACCAUCCCCUUCGGGCUGAAGACAGUGUGCAGGGUUCCUGGGGAAAUAGAGGUGCUCAAGUGUUUCCAAGUGGAUGUGAUGCCUGAUGCUGCCACGGCAUACCCCUACCUCCUCCUGUACGAGAGCCGGCAAAGGUGCUACCUCAACUCCCCGGUGGACAGCACGCUCCACAGCACGGACAGGUUCCUCGCCUACCCCUGCAUGGUGGGCCAGACGGCCUUCUCCGAGGGGAGACACUACUGGGAGGUGGGCAUGAACCUCACUGGAGAUGCGCUCUGGGCUCUGGGCGUGUGCAGAGACAACAUCAGCCGGAAGGAUCGCGUCCCCAAGUCCCCCGAGAAUGGAUUCUGGGUUAUGCAGCUGUCCAAGGGGCAAAAAUACUUACCCAUCAUCGGGGAUACUACCCCUUUCACACUGAUGGAGCCCCCUAGCCACGUGGGGGUCUUCUUGGACUAUGAAGCUGGGGAUGUUUCCUUCUACAAUGUGAACAAUGGCUCACACCUGCACACUUACUCCCAGGCUGAGUUCUCAGGCCCCCUCCAGCCUUUUUUCUGCCUCGGGGCUCCUAAAUCAGGCCAGAUGGUAAUCUCCACAGUGACUGCGUGGGUGAAGGGGUAGAAACCAAAGCAGGGAGGCCAGCUAAGGAUGCUCCCAUUUUUAAGAAAGUGGGCGCCUUCUGCUCACCCCCAGGGCCCACAGCCAAGGCUCACCAAGGAUUGCAGAGUGCCAUUAGCUGUUGAGGGCUCCUGUUUACAAAGUCAAAAUAGAAUCCUGAUUAAAGCAGUAAAACAUUCAAAAACCGUACUUCCAGAUGCUUCAUCAAACUUUGAAAGAACUCCCUUAAAUUUUAUUACACAGGCAGGCAUGUUGCUGUUAGCUUCAGUGAGUGGGCCUAACUCAUGAGGACCCUCUGCACGACAUCCCAUAAUGCUGCCCGGUUCUGUGCCAGCCCCUCAAUCAGCUGCAGAUCAG